AGGGAGGGUGGGUGCGUUCCCGCAGCAACAGGGAAGAUGGCAGCUCCUACAUCUCUCACCCAGUUGUCAAGCGGAAACCCUGUAUAUGAGAACCUUUACAGACAGGUGGAUCCAGGGAAUACAGGGAGAGUAGGACCAACAGAAGCUGCCUUGUUCCUUAAGAAGUCCGAACUGCCUGACAUUACACUUGGAAAGAUUUGGGAUUUGGCAGAUCCUGAUGGAAAAGGCUAUCUGGACAAACAGGGGUUUUACGUUGCUCUGCGGCUGGUGGCAUGUGCUCAGAGUGGACAGGAAGUCAGUCUGUCCAGCCUCAACCCCACUAUCCCUCCUCCCAAGUUUAAGGACACCAGUAGUCCGUCUAUGAGCAACACAGCUUCUGCCUCCUCUGAAUUACAUUGGGCUGUCAGGCCAGAGGAGAAGAGUAAAUUUGAUGGAAUCUUUGAAAGUUUGGAUCCAGUGAAUGGCCUGCUGUCAGGAGAGAAAGUCAAACCAGUCCUCAUCAACUCCAAACUACCUCUGGAUGUCCUUGGGAAGGUUUGGGACCUGAGUGACAUAGAUAAAGAUGGCCAUCUGGACAAAGAUGAGUUUGCAGUGGCUAUGCACCUUGUAUACCGUGCCUUGGAGAAGGAGCCUGUUCCUGCACUCCUCCCUUCUUCCCUCAUCCCUCUAUGUAAGAGGAAGAAGAGUCUGGGCUCAGUCGCCAGCUCUGUUCCUGGACUACCUGCCAGCCCUCCACCACCAAAAGAUUCACUACGCUCCACACCCUCCCACGGCAGCAUGAACUCACUCAACAGCACUGGGAGCCUGUCACCCAAACACACACUCAAGUCUGGACAGCAAGUUUCGACACAGGCAUCUCUGUCUAUGUCUAAGCAUUUGGUGAACUGGGUGGUGCCAUUGCCAGACCGUGGUCGCUAUGACGAUAUCUUCCUGAAGACUGAUGCUGACUUGGAUGGUUUUGUCAGUGGACUGGAAGUAAAGGACAUCUUCAUGCAUUCUGGACUUUCUCAGAAUGUCCUUGCCCAUAUAUGGGCUUUGGCAGACACAAGGCAGAUGGGCAAGCUGACCAGGGAACAGUUUGCUCUUGCUAUGCAUUUCAUCCAGCAGAAAGUCAGCAAGGGCAUAGACCCUCCACAGACCCUGACUGCGGAAAUGAUACCUCCCUCUGAGAGAGGCACUCCAGUACCAAGUAUGUCAGGAUACAUGACCCCAGUGGGAUCAGAGAUGGCUGCGCUCUCUGAUAUGAGAAGGGACAGCUCCAGCUCAGUGGGAUCAGGGGAGUUCACGGGCAUCAAGGAGUUGGAUGACAUCAGCCAGGAAAUAACCCAGUUGCAGAGGGAGAAGUACAACCUUGAACAGGACAUCAGGGAGACAGAGGAGGCCAUCAGAUAUAAGAGUACAGAGGUGCAGGAGAUGCAAAAUGACCUGGACAGAGAGACAGCCAGCAUGCAAGAGCUUGAUGCUCAGAAACAAGACGCCCAAGAACGCCUGGAGGAGAUGGACCAGCAGAAACAUAAAUUAGAAGACAUGCUGAACGAAGUCCGAAUGAAGUGCCAGGAAGAGUCUCAGAUGAUCUCCUCGCUCCAGAGUCAGAUCCACUCCCAGGAAUCAGACUUACAGAGCCAGGAGGAAGAACUGAGCCGGGCAAAGGCAGACUUAGGUCGAUUGCAACAGGAGGAGAUACAGCUGGAGCAAAGCCUGGCUGCUGGUAAGAUCCAGCUGGAGACCAUCAUCAAGUCCCUUAAGGCCACGCAGGAUGAGAUCAACCAGGCUCGCAGUAAAUUGUCACAGAUCCAGGACAGCCAACAGGAGGUGUCUAAAAGCAUCGAGCAGUACAACAGCACCUUGAAUGGAACCCAUGGAGGCAGUAUGACUAACCUGGCAGACAUGAGCGAGGGCUUCAGUGACAGAGAAAAUGGAGGAUUCCCAGCCAUGGUGAGAGCAGCACAGGAGGAUCCUUUCAAAGUGAAGCCAUCCGUGUUCAACAGCCAGCCUCAGGAGCUUCCCACUGACCCCUUCCACUCUGAAGACCCCUUCAUAACAGACCCAUUUAAAGGUGACCCUUUCCAAAAUGACCCUUUUGCAAAGCAGCCACCAGCGUCCACAGAUCCAUUUGGAGGGGACCCGUUCAAAGAGACAGAUCCAUUCAAAGCUUCAUCAGAAGAUUUUUUCAAGAAGACCACAAAGAUCGACCCCUUCUCCACAACAGACCCCUUCAAUAAAAGUGCCACAUUACCUUCAAAGCAAGCCAGUCACUUCACAAGCAAUGACCCAUUCUCAUCAAGUAACCCAAAGCACAGAGGAGCUGACCUAUUUGGCGCAUUGGACCCGUUUGGCAGCAGUUCAUUCAGCAGCAGCAGUAACAGCUCAGCUGGAUUUGCAGACUUCAGCCAUAUGUCCAAGCCCAGAGACCCUUUUGAAGGCAGAGCCAGCUGGCUGCCAGACUACCAGAAGUCAGUGUUUGUGGACGACCCCUUCAACAGGAAGAGUGACACACCAGCUUUGCCACCAAAGAAAAGUGUUCCCCCAAGACCCAAACCCCCUAGUGGUAAGAGCACACCAGUGAGCAUGUCUGGCACAGCCGACCCUUCCAAACCGGAUGACCCCUUCCAGCCGUUUGGCAGCGACAUCAUUGAUCCAUUUCAGAGUAAAAAGGGCUUGGGAGACCCCUUCAGUGGCAAAGACCCUUUUGCUCCAUCCUCAUCAAGACCUGAAAAAGUUAAGUUUGGGAAUGAGGCUCAGCAGUUGGAGUGGGCUAAGAGAGAGAGUGAGCGAGCAGAGCGUGAGCGGCUGAAGAGGCUCAGACAGCAGGAGCAAGAGGACCUGGAGCUGGCCAUCGCCCUCAGCAAGGCCGAGAUGUCCAAUGCAUGACCCCCCACACAUAGACAGACAGUGCGUAGACAGGCUAACAAACAGACAACAUGACUGACAUCUACUUGACUGACACCUGCACCCCCCACUAUUUACAUUCUCAAAUACUCUAUGACUCAAUAAAUGAGGAGCAGAAAGAUGCUGAAAGACCUUCUGGGCAAGUCUUGCCACUGACCCUAAGUAAAAAAAAAAAAGAGAAGACAAUUAGACUGUGGGCCCGAGAAUCAUCACUGCAAAACUCCUGCUGACAUGAAUAGACAGAAUACUGGAAGAGGACCAGGCACUGUGUAUAAGCACUAUGAUGGCUUGACACUGUUGGAUCCACUCACUGGUCUGAGCAGAUAAGAAAAGCAUACCCAACAAAUCACAUUGGCAGUUUGCAUUUGUGCAUUGGUGGUUUUUCUUCUCCACCUUCUCUCACAGUGGUUGAAAAUAUGGCAAACAGGCUCACAAUACUUCUGCUUCCGUUCUUACAAGCAGCAGUGAAGAAAAAUCACAGCACAAUUCUUACUGCCAUGUUUUGGUGAGGAUUUUUUUCCGGCUGUGUUUGUGUGACAUGGACAUAUCACUGAUUCUCACUUAGUAUUCAGUGUUGGGUUGUUGUGCUGGUAUGAACUGCUAUAGAAUGAUGUGUUGCAAAAGUAUAUGUGAAUAUAGAGGCAUAUGGAGAAGACUGAAUCUGGAUUUUCACUCCUCAGGAUUAAGGAUUUUCACCUCAGUUCAGUUUGCACUCCCUGUUUUUCCCUCAGGAAACACUCACUGAUCCAGACUCAGUUGACUUUUAUUAGUUGACUUCUUUUCACUCCAGUACAUGCUAAAAUAGGCAAAUUGAAAUUGAAAAUAAUCUUUUCAUCUGUCUCUGGGUACCAGGAAGCAUAUUUCUCAGAAUAUUGAGUUUCCUCUUAUUUUGGUCCCACACCAGGUGCAUUAGUGUCUGAGAAUCUGGCCCGGUGUCCAGACCCUCCGCUUCUUUCUUCCAGGUCAGACUUAGUCAUUGAUAACAUUAUUAACCAGCAAUAGAGGGAUAUGUUCACAUUUCACGUUUGUGAAAUUAUUGGAGCAAAAAACUGAUACAUCCAUUAUACAGAUUUCAUUUAAUGUCCCUGGUACCAUGGCAGGUUGAAGUAACAGUUCUAAUGAUUGACAGUGAGAAAUUGUAUAGAUAUAUUUUCUUUGUCCAGGAGUGUGAGAAAGUUUGUGGAGAGUUUUAUGUGAUGACCUUGGAAACUCUCUCCCCUACUGUCAAAGUGUAUAUAGACCAACAGAGCUAACUAUGCUUCAACUCUAAUCCUGCUGUGACGUACACCACAUUCAACAAAGGCAACAUGAGGGAAUUAUUUUUUCUACAUUUGACUUUGUUUUAUAGAGAGUGAGGGAUUUUAACACAGGUUUUAUUUCUUAUUAUUCUGUUGACAUAAUUUGCUGUUGAGUUGGACCCACUCUAAAGCUAUUUUGAGUGUUUGUAAAAGUCUUUAACUGGCUGACAUCAGGUUUAAUUAGGCUGGAAACUGGAAAUAUGUGAAAAGGUUUGUGACGUAUCAUAGCUUACUGUUCUAACAUGGACUGAGCCACUCACCUUGUUUUGAUGUGAGCUACUUGAAGCAAAAUAUGAUGUUUGAGUGAGACACUGACUUUCUAUUUCACUCAGAGCCGCUGUGUUGUAGUUACAUGUCGUGUUUUAUAUAUGUGUCUGUAUUCUGUGUGUCCAUGAUCAAUCACACUCUUACUGUUUUGCCAUGUGCAUGUCCUGCAGUCAGGUCCUGCUCAGAGCCCACAUGUUCUCCCCAUCGCCACUUUAGGGGAUGAUUUUUUUAGUUAAACUUGUUUGUCAUGGGAAGAAAAGUCUUUCAUUACCAAAUUGAUACAACUGCAGCAGGAGCAUUACACAAUGCUGAAUAUCUCCUCAUAGAACCUGAACAUUUCAGUCAUUCAGUCGUUCCUAGAAGUUAGGUAAAGAAUUCUGAAAAUACAAAGUCCUCUUAACAACUUGGAAGUUUUUUUGAAGUGAAUAUAAAUUAGGAGAUUGUUUUCUUCAGUACAAUCUCAUAUAGUGUUCAGACACUAUAUAAAUUCCCGUUUGCCAGGAUAAAAACCUGUGUCAUGAUUUGAUUUGUAUUGUUUGAUUUAACCCAAACCUCAGUUAAUCCAGUUUUUCAUAUUGACCUGUCUAAUUUGCAUGUGCUUUUAUGAUGUUUGGCCGUUACAAAGGUAGUUUAUUUUUUCUGAAUUUUUCACAUAACGAAUUUAUGUUUUACAAAAAUGUCUGUUCCUUAAAAUUAGAUGUGAUGCCUAAUAUGAUGGUCCUGGGUAAGGGCUUGCUCUUUGUGAAAUGGCAAAAAGCUGAAUCUUUGGUAGAACCAAGAUAGAAUGUAAACUCAGUCCUUUGUAUUGGGGUUAGGGUUGCAAAAUUCCGGGAAUAUUCAAAGUGGGAAACUUUCCAUGGGAAUAUAGGGGAAUUAACGGAAAAAAACUGGAAAUUGUGUGGGUAAUUUAUACUAACUGUAUUUACCUUGUCAUACACAGACAUAAAUAUAGACAUUUUGUUUUGUCAUAGGCUGGUUUGAGCCCUGAGGAAACUUUGGGCACUUGACUAUACGCUUCUUGAUCUUUGUGUCAUUCUCAACACUGGUCUUUGCACACUAUUUGCAAAUGCACACAGCCUUUCUUUCUACAUUGGCUGGGGUGAAAUGUAUCCACACAUAAAGAUAGUGCACGUGGAAGUGUUCUGUAGAAUAAGAUGAGAAAGCUUGUAAAAAAAGACUAAUGAAAUGCCAGAGAUAUAAAUAAUUUGCCAAACAAUUGGAAUCGUCUUAAAAAAUAUUUACAAUUGAUGGAUAAAUGAUUAGAAAUAGGCUAGAUGAACAGAGGAACCAUCCUCAAUCAGCAUGUUUAUAUAUUUUCCCCAGAACGAUAGAAACUUACCUGAUAUUCCUGCACAUAUCUGCUUCUCCAAUCACCACAUUGAGGAGUGCAAUACCAGGACUGACAUACUGAACACCCCCCCCAUUAUACAUGUCUGUAACAAUGUGUCUGCUGGGAACGCAUAAUGUGAAUUCACCCACAUUGGAGUUGAUGCUGGUCAAGUUGAAGUUGAUGUGCAGCCACUGGUUCUGCCACAGUGGGAACUGCCUCUCCUUGCCAUUUCCUUUGUCAUGUUUACAUAUCAUUAAUAUUUACUUUGCUUUAGCUGUUACAAACUUUCUUCCUGUAGAGGAAGAGUGACCCUUGUAUUAAAUAAGCCUCUCCAUCUAAGCUGUGUACAGCUAACACCUCUGUUGGCCUUCCAUCUACAGCUGAGUCAUAAGGCAUGUGCUAGCUUUUCAAAUGCUUGCCAUGCUCCUGCCACACGGCUGUGGAAAGGUCACUAUAUGAGCGACUAUGUUCAUAUAUCAUUGUCUGUUUUUUCUUUUCUCACAGAAAGCAAAUUGUGCUGUUUGUAGUUUUUUUAUAGACUCACCUCCUGCUUUAUUCUUUUGUCCCUACUUAGGACUUAAAUGUUAAAAAAGUCAUUAGUGUUACAUUUCAUGAUGUGCUUGUAGUUUUUAGCUAAGUUUACCAUUAGUUUAAAAUGGAAUUUCAUUGCUAGCAAAGUGUUUUUUUAGUUACCUGAAGGGCCAUCAGCUUUUUCACAACAAUGUAACAGACAACUUGUGCAGCAAAAAUAACAAGACUGUCUUCAAGUGACCAUUAUAUAACUUCAUAUGGAACAUGUUAUCACCAAUCUAUAAUUUUCAAUAGAUUUGUGUGUGUCCCACAGAGUGUCCCACACGGUGCUCUAGGAGGAGGUUUGGGCAACCUGAAAUUAUUUCUGUCAUUUAAAUAGAUCUGCUCCAUAAUGACAUUCUGUGGUCAUAAUUUAAGCAUAGAAAGUGACAGUGGUCCUGUUGCCUUCAGUAGCUCUCAGUAUCGGGACCAAUUGCUGUGUUUUUCUGGAGCUUGUGUGAAGGUUGAUGGCUCAGGCUCAGUUGUGUAAAAUCCCUCAGAUGAAACUAGGAACUAUUUGAUCAAAGAGUAAUCUAAGACCCUGAUUAUAUAUCUGAUGAAAACUCUUCCUACUUGAAAGUUACUGCCGGUUUUCAGAUCCAAACAGUCCUCAUACUUGAUACUGAGCCAUAGUGUGAUCUCUGACCCCCCCUCUGUCCUUCAUGUGUUUCUGUCCUUGUCCCACUGACCUCAGCCUGUCUGCUGUGUGCUGCUUAGACUGGAGAGCUCCUUAGUGGUACCCUGAUCCAUACUGUGUUUUUCAUCCUACUCCUCAAUUGUGCAAUAGAUGAUGUUUAUUUUGGUUGUGUUGUGCAUCCUGCGAAAGCAGUUUGAUGAUUUUAUAUGUAGCAUAUGUUUUUAAUGUGUUUUAUUUAUGUACCUUCCACCCCCCCCCCCCCCAACUUGCUGAUUUCAUCCUACUAAAGCAGCACAAUCUAAAAACCUUUCAUUACAGAAUGUAAUAUUAUAAAAUGCAACACUCAGUAUUUUGAAAUGAGCAACAAAAUUAUUAUUUUAAACAAUCCAUAUUUAUAUAGUGACAGCUGAAACAUCAAUAUUUACAACUAAAUUCCUUAGUUAUAGUCAGUUUUAUUUCUCUUUUUAAGAAGUGGAUAUUUUGUAUUUUGUCUUUACUGACAUGCUGAUAUUAACCAGUGACCUGGCUACAUUUUUGAUUUAGUUUCACCCCCCCCCCCCCCCUCCCUCACACAAAGGUAAAAUAAUCUGAGCUGUCUUUAUUAAGAUGGAUACAGUGUGUAUACAGUCUGUAUAGUAUCAUGUCUAUUAUAUUUGUCCCAUAAAAAAUGAAGAAGAAGAAAAAGUAAACUUGACAAGGAACCAUUUGGGAGGUUGCCUAUAGUUACACUUAUGCUGAAAGAAUUAUUUUUGAACAGUGAUGCUCUCUACAUGGUCUGUACUGUUUACUAGAAUAAACGUUUCAGUUUAAUAACAA